GAAGGUCGGCCGCGACAAAGCUGAGGAGUUUAAUUAGCUGCUGCUGAAAUUUCAUUGCUGCUUUGGCUCAGCCGGGAACUUGAAGAUCAAUGAUCCAAAGCUGACUCUUUCUUUACUGCGUUGUGUCGAUCAAUCAAGCUAAAGAGAUAGUCGGAGGAAAACCUUGAUCGGGAUCCGAUAUGAGGAAGCGCGAUUUGGCCAUUCUCAUGCUCUCGGCUUUUGCCAUCUUCUUCUCUCUUCAGCACGAGGGAGAUUUCUCUUUUCGAGAGGCGUGGCUCCAUCUUUCCGACGAGUAUCCGAUCAAGUACGAAGCUGAGAGGCUUCCUCCUCCUAUUGUAGCUGACCUGAAUGGUGACGGUAAGAAAGAAGUGCUCGUCGCCACUCACGAUGCCAAAAUUCAGGUGUUGGAGCCUCACUCUAGGCGAGUGGAUGAGGGGUUUAGCGAAGCAAGAGUACUGGCGGAGGUAUCAUUGUUGCCUGAUAAAGUUAGAGUUGCCUCUGGCAGACGAGCUGUGGCAAUGGCGACUGGGGUCGUUGAUAAGAUUUAUAAGCAAGGGCUGCCACUAAAGCAGGUCUUGGUGGUUGUUACUUCAGGUUGGUCAGUGAUGUGCUUUGAUCAUAAUCUUAAAAAGCUAUGGGAAACAAGUCUGCAGGAAGAUUUUCCUCAUAAUGCUCACCAUAGGGAGAUUUCAAUCUCGAUUAGUAAUUAUACUCUGAAGCAUGGAGAUGCAGGAUUGAUCAUAGUUGGCGGCAGGAUGGAAAUGCAGCCACAUAUUUACUUGGACCCUUUUGAAGAAAUUGGCAUGGCUGAGAGAAAUGCCGAUCAGCACAGAAGAAGUGCUAGCGAGAAGGAGGCCUCCGAGAACUCUGGAGCAGUCAAUUUGCGCCAUUUUGCUUUCUACGCAUUCGCUGGUCUAACUGGUCAACUUCGAUGGAGUAGAAAAAAUGAGAAUAUCGAAGAGAAGGCUUCAGAUGUGUCUCAUUUAAUUCCGCAGCACAACUACAAGCUUGAUGUGCAUGCCCUGAAUGCUCGUCAGCCGGGAGAGUUUGAAUGCAGGGAAUUUAGGGAAUCAAUUCUUGGAGUUAUGCCUCAUCGGUGGGAGAGGAGGGAGGACACUUUGUUACAAUUGGCACAUUUCAAGCGUCAUAAAAGGAAAACAUUGAAGAAAGUAGCUGGAAAGACAACAAAUUAUCCAUUUCACAAGCCUGAGGAGAACCAUCCUCCUGGAAAGGACUCUUCUAAGAAGAUCUCAAACUUGAUUGGAAAAGCUGCAACUUAUGCGGGCUCUGCUAAAUCAAAGAAGCAGUUGAACUACAUUCCAACCAUAACCAACUAUACUCAGCUCUGGUGGGUUCCAAAUGUUGUGGUCGCCCAUCAGAAGGAAGGGAUCGAGGCUCUUCAUUUGGCUUCAGGGCGCACCCUUUGUAAGCUUCAUCUGCAAGAAGGUGGUCUUCAUGCUGAUAUUAACGGCGAUGGAGUACUUGAUCAUGUCCAGGCGCUGUGGGUGGUAGUGGUGCCGAGAAAACUGUUAUGACGGGAUCAAUGGAAGUUCUACGACCUUGCUGGGCUGUUGCAACCUCUGGUGUACCAGUGCGAGAGCAACUCUUCAAUGUUUCAAUAUGUCACCACACUCUCUUGAAUUUGUUCCAACAUGGAGAAUUUUCCAGAAGCUUUGGUCAUACUACAGAUGUAUCUUCUUUAGAGGUAGCAGCUCCAAUUCUCAUCCCGAGAAGCGAUGGCCAUAAACAUCGGAAGGGGAGCCAUGGAGAUGUCAUCUUCUUGACCAAUCGUGGGGAGGUGACAUCAUAUGCCCCAGGGUUGCAUGGCCAUGAUGCUAUCUGGCAGUGGCAGCUAAUGACGUAUGCUACGUGGUCGAACCUCCCUUCUCCAUCAGGAAUGAUGGAAAGUGGCACUGUGGUUCCCACACUCAAGGCGUUCCAACUUCGUGCACACGACACCCAACAGAUGAUCCUGGCAGCUGGAGAUCAAGAAGCUGCAGUAAUAUCCCCAGGCGGGAGCAUAAAGACGAAGGUUGAGUUACCAGCAGCUCCCACCCACGCCAUAAUCGCAGAGGAUUUCUCCAACGACGGGCUAACAGACCUAAUUGUCGUGACAUCAAAUGGGGUCUAUGGGUUUGUUCAGACCAGGACUCCUGGUGCCCUGUUCUUCAGCACAUUGGUUGGUUGCCUUUUGAUAGUGAUGGGAAUCAUCUUUGUGACUCAGCACUUGAACUCCAUGAAAGGAAAGCCACGACCAGCUUCUGGUCUCAGGUAAACAAAUUAUAGGAAAUUGGAAACAAGCAGCCCAGCUGUUAUUUUGACUCGAAACUGCAGAGGCGCACCCUGCUUCAGUGAGCAGAAGAUAUUGGGUUGUUGUUCUUGAGAUAGGGAAAAUCUGACCAAGCUCAGCGGAUGUUUAAAGAAACCGAAGUGCGUGUACUUUUGAAUGAGAAAAAGAGAGGAAGAUUCAGACUUGAGACUUACAAUUGGCCCACGACUUCAGUGACUUAAGCUUGUUUAUCUUCGAUAGAAGUUAGUGGAGAAGUAGAGAUUACAGCGGCCGGUCGGUCAGCUGUUGUGGAUUUGACCAAGGCUUGCUGCCCUAGUGAGAAAAAUUGAGUUAAUGAUCUGGCCCAAUCUGUUAUUGUCUCCUGCUUGUAGUUGUAGUUUGUUUGGUGAACUCUGAACGUUUUGAUAUAAAACAGGUUCUUCUCUAUAGGGAGCGGCACAACUACCACUCAAACAGGGACUCAAGAGGCUAAAAGGCAAUUACCCACCCAUGGGUAAUUAUACCCAAACCCAAGUAGAUACAUUCAUAAUGGGUUGGAUGUGGGUGAAGUGCAUAUAGGUUUUGGGGUUUGUAAAUGGAUUUGGAUAAGGUAUGGAUAUUGUUUUCAUAAUCUAAAUGGG